AUGGAGUCCUCAUACCUGGCCCUGGUUAUUUUCCCUAACUUGUCCCCCCCCAAAAACAGAAAUAGGGUGGGGGCUAAGGAGGUGUCCUUAGUGUUCCCUAGAAGAGGAUGAGUCAUCAGUGGGGGACUGCCUCAUGCCAGGAAACAUGCCCUAGCUCCUACCCCAGGAGGCUGGGGGAGAUAAAUGGGUCCUGAAGUGGAGUAAAGGGUCAGGUCGCAGGAGAGCGUUGGCGGGCCCCAGCAGCUGCAGCAUCCCCAGGCUUCCCGGAGGAAGCUGUCAGCGGUAUGACCAGCACUGGCUCGGGAUGAGAAGAGUCUGGAGUUGAGUGGUACUGGGGUUUGGCCUUACAGCAUGAUGGCCAGGUGGGCACUGGUGCUGCUCAUGGUCCCGACAUUGGGUAGGGUCCUAUUUGUCUCAGGGACCGCUACCCCCACCUUCCGACUCCUCUCUCAGAACGAUCCGGAGACUCUUUCCUACUCUGUGGCCUUGGAGAGUCACUCAGCUACCACCCCAGGGCCCUCGGCUUCCUGGAGCUACUCCAAAGCUAACCCUCAUCCGGACACGCGCAUCACACUCUCCUUGGACGUCCCCAUCGGCCUCUUACGGAUCUUACUGGAGCAAGCCCGGACCAAGGCUGCCAGGGAUCAGGCUGCCACUAACGCCCAAAUACUAGCUCGUGUUGGCCGCCGCUGAGACGAGGGAGGGGGUCAUAAAGAUGGGGUGACCCUGGAUGGAAAGUUCUGGAGGACAGCAACAAAGCUGGACAGUACUACAUCUAGGCAGAACACACACCCAGGCUUUACCAUAGUGGGCCGCUGCCAUGACCUCUGAGCGUCCACAGUAUGUUUAGACAGCCUGACCAUGUACCACGCUUUUGUACCCUUCGUACUUCCAUAUGUUUGGGUAUCUUGAACACUGGCAUGUAUGUUUGCUACAUGGAAUCUUGUCAUGCCUGGCUAUGCCUGGCAGUCACAGAGCAUCAAGAUACCGCCAUGUGAGCGCCAUCAUUAAAUGUUAAGGAGAGGACCCCAGUGCUGCAUCCGACAUCCAUCUAAGGCCCCAGGCCUGGGCCCCACCUGAGGCCAAUGCAGCAGAGUGCUGGCGAGGGCCAUAUGGUUGUUUUGUGUUUCUGCUUUUAAAGACAGUCUCACAGUGCAGCGACCUUGCAUGUCCUAGAACUUGCUAUGUACCAGGCUGGUCUCAGACUUGUAGCAGUCCUUCCGCCUCUGCCUCCGGAGUGUUAGGAUU